AACAACUGCAGAGAGUUGGGGUUAUUAAAAUAUUUUAGAAGCGAGUUUAUCAGAUAUAAUUUAAACAUCACAAUGUUUUGGACUCUUUCUAAGUUCCUUCAAGUAUUCCUUGCGUUAAGCUUUCAGCUUGCAUAUGGUCAUGUAAUUCAACUAGAUUUCAAAUGUUUCUUCACUAAUACUUCAGAAAUAUUUGGUGUUAUUCAACUGGUAUCUAACAUGGAGAGGGCUCUCUAUUACAACUCCAGCUUAAAAGAAACUGCUAUAGAAUCACCUUUUGGGAAAGCAUUAAUGGCAUCUCCUGCUGUCAAAAAGGGAAUCCCACUUCUUCCUCCAAAUAUGAUGGCUAUUUGUGAAACAAAUCGUGCCCUCAUGCAUUUGUUGCAGGAACAAGCAUAUCCUCCCAGCGUGAAAAUAACAGAAGCAAAGCAUUCACAAGAAAGGCAGCGAACUCUACUCACAUGUCAUGCUGAUGGAUUUUAUCCACCCUUUAUUAAGAUGGACUGGCUAAAAAAUGGACAGGUACAUACAGUAGAUGUUCUCAGUUCAGGCAUCUUGUCAAAUGGAGACCUAACAUAUCAGAUUCAGAAAUUUAUUGAAAUUACACCAGAUACUGGAGACAGAUACUCUUGCAAAGUUGAACAUGAAGCAUUAAAUGAAACAAUCGUUGAAGUUUGGAAUACAAAAACAUCAUUAUCUGAAAAACAGAAAAUCAUUAUUGGAGCAGUUGGAACUGGGAUUGGCAUACUGUUUUUCAUGAUAGGACUAAUUGCCAGGAUCAUAAUGAAUAGAGGUACAGCAAGAUUAACAUACACGUGUGUCUUAUAUAAUAAUCAGGAGACAGACAAUUAGUGACACUUUAAAAGAUAAGAAUUUGUGCUGCCAGAUGUGAACAAUAACUCAAGAUUCUACCAUAUGUAGCAGACAACCUUCUACUCUUAACUGUUUUAUUGAUCAAAUACUGCAAGCUGUGCUUUAUAGACCAAAUCUCAGUUUCCAUGAUCAGUGCUAUGUCUGUAAGUCUAUACCUCAGUUCUGAACAUAGUCUAUAUCAAAAUCAAAUUGUUUUGAAACUUCUACUUUCUAAUGAUGUGAUAGAAUUAAAGCAUAUUGUCUUGGAAGCAGACACUCCUUAAAUUUUAUGUCUGGGGCCUACUAUCCCAAAACAACACCCAACUUUGUGUUACAGAUCAAUGUCUAUAGAAUGCCUGGAGAAAGUUAUGAUUGAGUUUUAAGAAAUGGAUUGUUUGGAUUCAGCCUACCCAGGCAUUUUCACUUUAUUAUUAUUAUUUUUGGGGGUGGGAGCUGUAACUGAAGCUUUGAAGCACUUUGUCUUUUAUCAGGUUCCAAAAUUAUGGUAUGACUUCAUGCAGCUGCCAAUAAAGUAUCACACUAAAUAAUAUAGUACAGCUGUGUUUUUCACUAUAUGUAUAAAUAUACACACACACACACACACACAUAUACACAUAUAUAUAUAUAUAUAU